AUGGACGCUGCCAAGAUCGCAGUUCGCCUCCUUUCCAAAUGGUUCGCGCUCCGCACGUUCACCGUAAUCCCCCAGCAGUUUGUCAACAUCCACCUCAAGCAAGACAGAGAUAGGUAUGAUCUAAAGCUGUUGUUUGAUGAUGCGAUUCAGUUUUUACUUGAGUCCUCACUACUCGAGUACUACAAUAUAGUUUUCUAUUCUUCAUCACGUAUUGCUUACCAGUUAAGAGCUCAUGAGUCUUCUUUGUCAAGGGCUCUACCUCAUGGGUACCAAGAUGGGAUCGAAGUACUUGUUUUCGAUCCCGCCUGUUUAUUUGCUUUGCCUGUAGAACACCAGGAAUUUAUGGCCGAAGGUGAAAGCAACGAAAUCAACUACAUGUACGAUACGAUAACGCUGCUAAUCUAA